AUGGUAACAAUCCCAAAAAAUAAAGCGCCAUUUGGUUCUUAUGUAAAACGAUUUGGGAAUAAUACUGCACAUCCUGGCUUAGACUCGAGCGGUUUUUAUUCGAAAAGACAAGAUGGUUGUGAUCCUUGCCUUUAUAGUCCAAACCCCAUUAGUGAAGUUUUUAGAAUCAAUAGAAAUAGAAUAAACAAUAAAGAUCCGUGGAGAUAUAAAGCUGAAUUGGAAGAUUGGUCCAAAAAUUUAGGCUAUAGAAAUCAAAAAGCUUUAGUAAGAAGGAAAUGGUUCAAGUCGAUUCUUGGCCCUGCUUGGCACGAAAUAUCGGAAAGUCCAAAAUACGAACCUGCCUGCAAAAAUUUAGGUUUUGGCAGGGUCUCUCGCAAUAGAUUAACGACUAAUAAUAUACCAGGACCUGGCACGUAUUAUAAAUGUGAACCUUUCAAAGCACCUCAUGGAUCACAUUCGGUAAAACCAACUUUUGAAAGAGAAGAACCAUGCAGAUUUAAAGAUACUUGCAAAAAAUGGUCUUUAGCACCAAAUCGUUACAAUAUAAUAGAUCAAGAAUCGAUCGAAUUAAAAACAAAAAAAGUAGUAUCUUUGCGAGGACCAUACGACAUCUUUACUGGAAAACGUGAUGAAAGUACAAUCAAGAAUCAUUUUUCCACAUCUCUAAGGUGCUCUGCUGCUACUUGGCCUAUUGCACUCGGAAGCACAUUAAAUAAAUAUAAAAACUCUCACAUGGGGGUAAUGAACAAAACGAACCGAAACGUUCCUUAUAGAGGUCGCAACACAUUAGUAGAUAUGUCAAUGUGUAUACGUAAAGCAGAAGAUCCAGGCCCAGCUCAUUAUAAUACUAGAAAAUUUGUAACAUUUAAACAGAAUAAAUAUGGUUUUAAUAACAGCUAUGACAAGCCGCCUGGAUACAUACGUGUUGUUGUAUGGCCAGCCGUCGGAAGAUACAAUAUCAAAAACAUUUCUUGUGGAAUAUUCGGCCAAGGACACCGACACGUUUUUCUCAGUAAACGAAAAAGAACUAUUGGUGCUAUUUUACCUGAACCUAUGAAUACCUUUUAAAAAUGUAAACAAAAAAUCUGUAUUACACAUACACUAACUUUUUA